GUCCCCCAACUUCCGGUCGGGGCCUAACUUCCGGGGAGGCGCUGCAUUCGACUGGGUCCCAAAAUGAGCACCAUGUUUGCAGACACCGUCCUCAUCGUUUUCAUCUCGGUGUGCACGGCAUUGCUGGCUGAAGGUAUAACGUGGGUGUUGGUCUAUAGAACAGACAAGUAUAAGCGGUUGAAAGCAGAAGUGGAAAAGCAGAGCAAAAAGUUGGAAAAAAAGAAGGAAACAAUAACAGAAUCAGCUGGCCGGCAGCAGAAAAAGAAAAUAGAGAGGCAGGAAGAGAAACUGAAGAAUAACAACAGGGAUCUUUCAAUGGUUCGCAUGAAGUCUAUGUUUGCAAUUGGGUUUUGCUUCACCGCUCUGAUGGGAAUGUUCAAUUCUAUAUUUGAUGGCCGAGUAGUUGCGAAACUUCCGUUUGUACCACUUUCCUAUAUCCAGGGCUUGUCUCAUCGUAAUCUUCUGGGUGAGGACUACACAGAUUGUUCCUUCAUCUUUCUCUACAUACUCUGUACUAUGUCUAUUCGACAGAAUAUUCAGAAGCUGUUGGGUCUGGCUCCUUCUCGAGCAGCCACCAAGCAGGCAGGAGGAUUCCUUGGCCCACCACCUCAACCUGGGAAGUUCUCCUGAAUUGAAUCUCACCAGUGGAAACAAGAAAAAUAUUUUGACUCUGAAAGCAGCUCUGACUGUACCGAAGGCUUUCUAAACAUACCUAGAUGACUAAGGGGAACUGUGACAUUUGUGUUUGGUAAAGAUGUUGGCGUCAAAGCACGUUGUCAAUCAGAUUUCUCGAUUCUGUUUGGGGUAUAGUAACAGUCCUUAAAUAGGAUGCUGCCCUGGCUAAUUGAAAACUUCAACAACGCUGUAUAACUGGAGGAGUAAAUGACUAAGGGAACAAUGAUUGAGCCACAACUUCAUGCAACAUUCUGUUAAGAGAUUAUUAUGCAAGAAUUGUUGCCAAAGUGAAAAUAAAAGUAAUUGUGCUUUGACCCUC